UGUAAACAAAUGGUGGGAAGGAAAAGAUCUGCACAUUCUUGUUUCAUCGAAGUCAAAUCUCAAUUCAACGCGUGUACUCUAUUCAAUAUGGAUGCUGAAUGAUCAACAUGCAUACCUUUGCAGCGCUGUUCCUACUGGCUGUUUCAUCAGCUUCAGCCCAAAUUGCCCAGGAGACAGAAGUUAUCAAUGCAGCCUUCGAGGACAUAGCCCCUUGUCCCUGUGAUCUCACUGGUGGUUCAUGUGAUACAAACUGCUGCUGUGAUUCUGAUUGCACAGAUGAUCAGAAGAGGACUUUUGAGGCCUGUAUACCAUUUCUGCCUGGGGGCCAGGAUCCAGAGACACAGCAUCACCGAUGCACCUCCACCCACCAAAACAAGGAGGACUGGUUUCCCCUGCUCUGUGUUCAGUUUGAGUAUAACGCCUUCCUCGGAUACUUUUAUGACUGGCAGAAAAAACUUGCAAACAAUACUCAGACAUUCCUUGACAGGCUGAGCACUGUGUCCUAUUAUUGGUACAGGGAACAGGACUCCAGGCAGGUUGCCGACCUGGGUGUUGUGGCGUACAAGUAUGGAACCAGAGUGAAAACAAAGAGUGAAACCCCUAGUCGGUUUGGUACCUUCACUCUUCCCCAGCCUGUCCUCAGUGGUCAGUGCCUGGACACAGCCCCUGUCCAGUACCUGAAGAAUCUUGACCACUCAUGUACAUUUACCCUCACUACUGAUCUGUGCUCAUCUUCAUCCAUCCUUAGCCGACUUUUCUAUGUCCAAAAUAGCAGUUUCACCUCUUCCUUCAGUGUUUUACAAGAAUUCAAUGGAAUUAAUGUGGCAAUUACAAAUGUAAUAUAUAAAUGUGCAUCAUCUGCCCAAGCUUCUACAUAUUUACGUUCAACAACUCCAAUAACUGUUGAUAGCUCAGCCACCUCAGAUCUUCGACUGGAUGAAAAUUGUGUAGGAACCUGUGGAACAGAUCUCUGUGUUGAUCUAAAUACACCUGAUUCGACAACCCCAUCUACUACUGUGGAUGACUGUACAUCUCAAAAUGUAUUGGUCAAUUUUACCCCUUCAUAUAAUAGUGUGUCUGAAAUCUGCUCAAAUGCUGUAAUAGAUGUUGAAUACACUGCCCAGUGGGCUGGCAGCACUAUUGUUAGAGUAGAUGCUGUGAUAAUUGUUGGCGAUAUUCCGGUAAGAAGCAAUAACGUGCCCAAUGUCCUUUCACAACGUUUCAAGAUGACCUUUCUCAACAAUAACAUAACAGAUGCAGCAACAGAUAAUUUUAACAACAUAACUGGUGAGCCAUACACAAGGUCAGGAAAGGUUGGAUAUGACAAAGGGAGUGAAUUCUUCAGUGGAUCCAUGGUGUAUAAUACCACAACUGAUCCCCAGCAGUUCCUCUUUGUCAACAGUAAUGCAUCCAGGCAGAUGGCAGUCUUUAGUCCAGGACCUGACGGCCUGUGUGAGGGGUCGGGAAGGAGGGUUCUAAAAUUUGGAGAAGACAUCACAACUUCCUGUACUCUGCAGCUGAACGUGGCGAACUUUACUGACUGUACAGCCCUCAGGAAGCGCAUGAUCUACUACCUCAACUCCCUGAUGCCAGCAGAUGUGUUGGGAAGACGGGGAUACAAUGAUCAGCUAAACUCCGCAUUCUGGGUCCCUGUCCUCAGGGAAGAUCUGACCCAGGGCUGCACGCUGAGCGAGUAUUUCCCACUGGGCUCCAGCCCGGUGGACCGGAGGGCCGGAAUCUGCUUCAACAUGACCAACACCAUACAACUAGACAUCUUCUACGCAGAAACGGGACAGUCUAAUAGCUACCCAAUCUAUGAAGUGCUUGGUAGUAAAGUUAGCUACCAGAACACCAGCUGGUCUGUACGCUGUUCGAAUAUGGCCGGGGGCGUGUGUGAGGGGACCGAUAGCCAACCCUUCCUGCUCACCUCCCGCGUCCGCUUCACACAGAUACCACCUCAGAUACCCAAGCCCGUCUCCAAGUAUUAUGAGUCACCGCGUGAAGAUAACAAGCAGCUAUGUCCUGGUGACCGAUGCUGGGACAACCUCAUGCACCCCUUCACCAGGCGGUAUAAUUCUGAGAGUCGUGAAUACGUGUUUGGGAUGGUUUCAUUGUCAAUCAUAUUCUUCAUUGGAUACGGCCUUGUCUCUAGGCCAUUUUGGUGAUGUUGCUCAAAUAGUGGGGAGUUUUAAAUUCAGCUGUGAUAGGAGGAAGAGUUAUGUAAAACUAGUACCGGUAGAACUACAUGUUCACUCGUAAUUGAUAGAAAUUCAUAAGAGAUUUAAUGUUCAUUGACUGCCUGGAAAAGUUAAUCCUGCUAUCCAUUGUGUGGGAGAAUGACAGCUGAACUCAAUGGAUGAAGUAUGAUGGUGGAAAAUGGUGAAUCCCGGGCAUGGUUGUGACAGGGAAUCCCGGGCAUGGUUGUGACAGGGAAUGGUGCAUAAUUAUAUUGAUAAAAAAAUCUUAUAAAUAGAUUACCGCUAUUACUAGGGUGUCUGAGUGUGCUAAUUAAUCACUGCUAGAGAUUUUGGAAAAUCAGUGUGAAGUACAGUAUAUUUUUUAGAUAAAUGUUGGAUACUUCCAUAUUUGUUUUAACCCUUAAAAUCAAAAUGAAGCUUUGAUUUGAAGGUUUAUGAUUAAGUUAAAUUGUAAUCAUGAAAAUGCAGUUAAAUAGAUAAAAGAAUGUGCUUUUUAGCUUGUCUGUUUUUUUUAAGAAAACAAGUCACUGUAUUGUGAUACACUUGCUGUCUGCGUAUGUGUCAUAUAAGAAAAUAGACAUUACAGAUUUAUUUUUUUUUUAAAUAUUGAAACAACACUUGGAAGUUGGAUCCCAUGUUGCCUGAGACAGAACGCACAUGAACAGCAGGGCCCGUAACUCUGGCUUUAAGUAUUGUCAAAUAAUUCCCAUUCUCUUGAAAUAAACAACUACAGACUAUUUAUGUCAGCUCUGUGGUACUCUUGUGUAAGUUGUUAACAUUGUAAAUAUAAAUGUAUUUUAUUUAUUUAUUAGUGACUAAUUUAUACAAAUAAAUGUUUGAAACUGUA